AUGAUAAUUGAAAAGAUGACGUUCUAUAAUUUUAAAUCAUAUUAUGAUAAAGUUGAACUUGGUCCAUUUCAUGAAUCAUUUACAGCAAUUGUUGGUGCUAAUGGAUGUGGAAAGUCAAAUGUAAUUGAUGGUUUAUUAUUUGUAUUUGGAAGAAGGGCAAAACAAAUACGUCAACAGAAAGUGGUAGAUCUCAUUCAUAAGUCUGCUCUUCAUCCAAAUUGUACUGAAGCAAGAGUUGAUGUCCAUCUUAUUAGUGUUGAUACAGAAGGAUCUUAUCUACCUGAUACACGAUUUACAGUUACUCGAACAGUUUUCAGAGAUGGGACUUCAAAAUUUAUGAUUGAUGGAGUGGUAUGUAAGUUUGAUGCAGUUCUUGAGAAGAUGAAGUCUAAAGGGUUUGAUUUAUUAAAUAACAGAUUCCUUAUUUUACAAGGUGAAGUAGAAAGAAUUGCUUUAAUGCCAGCAAGAUCUAAAAAUGGAGAAGAUGGAAUGCUUGAAUUUCUUGAAGACAUUAUUGGUACAUCUCAGUAUAUCGAAGAAAUUGAAAAAGGGACAUCAGAACUUGAAAAAUUAAAUGAUGAAGUACAUGAAAAAACAAAUAGAUUUAAAAUUAUUGAACGAGAACGAAAUGGAAUAUUAAAAGAAAAAGAGAAUGCUAUUUCAUACUUAAAAGAAGAAUAUAAAAUGUGUGGAUUAAAGAAUAGUUUAAAUAAACAAGAGUUAAAAUCAGUUGAAGAGAAAGAAGUAGAAAGUAAAGAAGAGCGUGAAAAAUUAGAAAAAAAACGAAAAGUCAUUCAAAAUAUAAAAAAUGAAAAGCUGAUAGAAAAGACAGCUAAAGAUAAGGUUAUUGAAGAAAAAGGAAAAGAUAUAAAAAAGAUUGAAAAAGAGUAUGAAACACAAAAGAGUUUGGUUAAUAGCGCUAAGAAGAAAAAGGCAAGAGCUGAAGAAGAAAAGAAACAAAACGAAAAAGCAGUUCUUCGAAAUGAAAAAGAAAUUAAAGAAAUGGAAAAGAAGAUUAAAGAUGAAAAAGAAAAAAUUGAAAGUAAACAACGAAGGUACAACCAAUUAUCAAAAACAAUAGAAAAGGAUAAAGAGGAAAUUGAAAAAUUAAAAAAUGACCUUGAAAAACAAACUAAUGAAAUAAAAGAAAAGAUUUUACCUAGGAGGAAAAUGGAAGAAAAAACACAAAAAACUAAAGAAAGUACAAUAAAACAAGAACAAUUAAAUGAUUUAAAGAAAAAAAAUAAAGAAUUAAAAAAACGAAUUGAAAAAGGAGGUCUCGAUAUAGAAGCUAGAGAAAGAGAAAUUACAAGAAUCUGCAAAGAAUUUGAAAUAAAAAAACAAACAAGUGAAGAAGAGAUUCAAAAGAUUGAAGAACAAAACAAAGUGCUAUUUGAACAAUUAGAACAAAAACAAAAAGAGUUAGAAAAGUUAGAGGGGAUUGAUGUGAAAAUUAUUAAAGUAAAUUUACAAGAUAUAAAUGAAAGAAAUAAAAGAAGUAUAAAAGAGUAUAAUAGAAUAGAAUUAGAAAUUAGUGGGAGUACAAGUAAAAUUGAUGAAUGGAAUAGUUAUCUUAAAGAAAUGAAUAUUCAUUUGGAAGAAUUGAAAAAUAGAAUGGAAAAAGAUGAAAUAAAAAUUGAUGAAACACAAAUGAAACUUACAAAGAAAGAAUUAAACGAAAAAACUGAUGAAUUAAAAAAAAUCGAAGAAGAGUAUGAAAUUCUUCUUAAAAAGAUUGAAGAACUAGAAACUGAAGAAGAUAAAAUCAAAGAACAAAUCGAAGAGAUUAAUGGAAAUAACUCUGAGUUAACUGAAAAAAGACAACAUUGUGAAAAAGAAAUUCGUUCCAUUUUUAAACAUAUUCGGGAAUUAUUACAUAUUGCUGAAAUUCAUGAAGAAGACGAAUAUAUUAAAAAUAUGUUAAAUCAUAAUGAAACAGAUAAUCAAAUGGAUGAAGAAAAAAUUCGAAUUGUUGGUAUUUCACUUAAAGAUGUUGUGGAUGAAUUAAAAGAAAUUAAUCGAAAAGAGGUAUUGGCUAUGAUAGAAGACGAAAAGAAAAAAAUUGAAAAUAUGAUAGAAAAUGUUAAUUUGAAAAUUAUUGCAACUUUCAUCAAAGUUAACAAAGAGUAUCAAGAAAAAUGGGAUAUAAUGAAUGAAGCUAUAAAAAAACAAGAAGACUGUAAAUCAACAUUAGAGGCAUUGAAGAAAAAACGUUUUGAUGAAUUUAUAAAUGGAUUGACAGAGAUAUCUUUCAAAUUGAAAGAAAUGUAUUAUUUAUUGACACAAGGAGGUGUUGCUGAACUUGAACUGGUUGAUACAUUAAACCCAUUUACUGAAGGUGUUGUGUUUAGUGUUAGACCACCAAAAAAAGCUUGGAAAAAUAUUACUAAUUUAUCAGGAGGAGAAAAGACCUUAAGUUCAUUAGCACUCAUAUUUGCUUUGCACCAUUACAAACCAACACCCAUUUAUGUUAUGGAUGAAAUAGACGCUGCAUUAGAUUUUAGAAAUGUUAGUAUUAUAGCUCAUUAUAUUAAAGAACGUACAAAAAAUGCUCAAUUCACUAUUAUUUCAUUACGUCCAGAGAUGUUUGAAUUAGCAGAUAGAUUGAUGGGAGUAUAUAAAGUAAAAGAUGUAUCAUGUUCUGUUUCAUUUGACCCAAAUGCUUAUAACUUAAACAAUAAUUGA